AUGACCAAACCCAGCAACGAGCUUGCUGAAUCUCUUAAUGAUCUCUUUCUUGAAGCCAGAUUGAAAGGCCUCGAUCCACAGACCGAGUUUGUUCACCUGCGCAGCAAAAUUGUCGAGUGUAUCUCAAACCGCAAUCGCACUACCCCGACACGAGCAAACCGCCGCUCGCUUCUUUUCACAGAUGGCUCAAAGCCAGAAACAUGCCUGGUAUCGCCUUCAUCUGACAUGGAAAUUAACGAAAAACGAGCUCAUCUCUAUGCUGCAAAUACUGCAUCCGAGUUCAUCGAAGUAUUGAAGGGUCGUAACGAACACAAGUCUGCUCGGAAAGACUCCAAAAAGAAGUCUUCGGGAAAGAAAAGAUCGAUCAGCCCUCCUGAGAGUCCCAAGAGCAAGGUUCAGAGGCGCCUUGAAGCAGGAGCCACGUCAAAGGCCACAACUGCGACCCAGGACAGUCCUAAGAAACGCAUCAAGUUUACGAAAGGUGGUGCCAAGGACGCCUCUGGCUAUAUUGUGCCCAAAACUGUACAGCAGACAAACAACGACACUGCCACCAAACCUGCCGCAAAUGAAGAAUGCUCUGACCAAGCUGACCAAGAGACGCUGAGCCUGAAUGAGAUCAGCCCUAGUAGCGGAAAGCUUGCUGAAAAGAACGGGACGAUGAACGCACAACAGGAGUCAAGCGAGAAAAGAGCGGACAGCAGCGCAACGUUUCCCAAACACUCACACCCUGAAGAAGACACUACUAUGGAAGAAGCCUCCGUAACAAGCACCGAUAAUUAUUUGCCUUCCUUCUGUCGAUCUGACCUCCUCGACAUUGCUACUGUGGUCAAAGAUGUCACUGCAAGCCAAUGGGAACAAUUCAAGCCAACGCUUCUCAGGAUGCUAGACAGGCUGCAAGGAGAUCCGACACCUAAGCAAGAAGAAGAAGCCGUGAGACGCCUUCGGUCCGCCAUUGCUAGCAUCGAGCAAGAGAGGGCUUUGAUUCCAACCGAAGCGUGGGAAAGGUAUGAAGCGAAACUCUUCAAGAAAGCAAAGGAUGGGGUUUUUGAUGCCGACUGGAAUACACGACUGUCCAAAAUCAGCAAAAUCAUUUGGAUGGAGGAAGAAGAGGCUGCCAUGAGGAGUAAAGACUGGGAUCGUCUUCGUGCUGCUGCGCGAACCUGGGCCAUUCUUGCCGAGGUCGCUGGCCCGAUGAUGGAAGACGGCGAUGAGCAGCGUUCAAAUGAAUGGCUGAUUGAGAAGUUUGGGGACAUUGAUUUCAUGGAGAGGCUAUUUUCGUGCAAAGAGCGACUUGCAGCAAUCAAGCCAUGA